UUUUAAUUAGGUAACGUUUUAAACUCAGUUUGAUGGCUUUGCUCGCGCCCCAGUCAGUGUCAGCUGCACUUGAUUUAUCAGUUUCCGCAGCAGAAGCGUAGGAGGAGAAGGUGGAGGAGGAGGGUUAUCGACGCUGGCAGCGACGGCUACUAAUUAUCAAGCCAAGUAACGGUUGCUCACUGGCAUUCAGUUAAAUUUUAACAGUUAUAGCGAACGGAACAGAUCUAGACAUGGCACAGGCAAAAGUUUUGCCCCAAUACAUAGCCGGACUGUCGGCGUCAUUUGGCGCCUUCUGCAUGGGCGCCAGCAUGGGCUGGUCAUCGCCCGUUGAGCAAAUGUUAACGGAGGAGGAGGCUUAUGGGUUUCCGAUUUCCAGCGAUCAAUUCGGCUGGAUCUCCUCACUCCUAACACUGGGCGCCACCGUCGUAUGCAUUCCUGCUGGUUUCGUCAUCGACUGGAUCGGUCGUAGGCCAACCAUGUUGGCUCUGAUACCACCAUACAUGGUUGGCUGGUUUCUGAUGCUCUUUGCCAACAGUGUGAUCAUGCUGUAUUUCGGACGCUUCAUCUUGGGUUUCUGCGGCGGGGCGUUUUGCGUCUGCGCCCCCCUAUACAGCACGGAAAUAUCAACAAUUUCGACACGUGGCACUCUCGGAAGCUUCUUUCAACUGAACACCGUCACGGGCAUGCUGUACGGCUAUAUUAUUGGUGGCUACUGUCCGUUGCUGACCAUCAAUAUACUGUGUGCCAUGCUGCCCCUGAUCUUCGCUGUAGUGCACUACUUUAUGCCCGAAUCGCCAGUUUAUCUGGCCAUGAAAGGACGCGAGGACGAUGCCGUUAAGUCGCUGCUUUGGCUGCGUGGUCAGCACUGUGAUGUCAGAGCUGAGUUGAAUGAAAUUAUAGAGGAGACUAACAAGAAUACGGAUGAGCCCAAGGUCAGCCUCUGGAAAGCGCUGUGUCGUCCCAUUACCCUCAAAGGCAUUUCCAUUGCCGUAACGCUGCAGGCGCUGCAGCAGUGGACGGGCAUCAAUGCCAUCAUGUUCUAUUCCACGUCCAUUUUCGAGGAUGUUGGCUCUUCACUGAGCGGCCGCGUUUGUACCAUAUUGAUUGGCGCCACGCAAGUGGUGAUGACUCUAGUGGCAGUGGCGAUUAUCGACAAGGCUGGCCGACGGAUUCUGCUACUAAUCUCUGCCUUCUUAAUGGCCAUCACCACCUGCCUGAUGGGCGUGUAUUUCCAGAUGCGCGAUAGCGACGAGGAGUCGGUGGCUUCCCUUGGCUGGCUGCCCAUCACCAGCAUUCUCCUCUUUAUUAUCUUCUUCUCCAUUGGCUUCGGCCCGGGUCCCUGGCUCGUCAUGGCCGAGCUGUUCUCCGAGGACGUGAAGAGUGUGGCUGGCUCCAUUGCGGGCACCAGCAAUUGGUUCUCCGCUUUCCUGGUCACUAAACUCUUUCCGCUAUUAAAGAACGGCAUUGGAUCAGGACCCACAUUUUGGAUAUUCUGCGGCAUCGCUGUCCUCGGCUUUGUCUACGUAUUGAUCUGUGUGCCGGAGACGAAGGGCAAAACGAUCACCGAGAUUCAACUGAUCCUAGCUGGCAGCAAGAAAACCAACGACUCGGAGAAUAACGAAAAGUAGAGCCUACAUUUAUAUCUAUAUAUGAAUAUUUAUAUGUAUGUAUUCUAUUUCUAGCUCUAGAUCUAGUCUAUGUAUAGCUAUAGUCUCUAUGAAUAAGUACGAAAUAUAUUUUUAUAUACCAA